UUCACCCUUUCCCCAAACCCCAAAUUAAUUCACCCAUAAUUAAUGUUUAAUGUAGGGAAAAAAAGAACAGAUGCAGCAAAACGUUUUCCAUCACAAAAAGAAAGAACGUUGGAAAAUUUAUUUUUUUCUUUCGGAACUGAAAAUCCAAUUCAGUCUUUGCCACUUUCCGCUCUUUAGGCUUAAAAAGGUAUCAAAAAGCUUUGAUCCCCAAUUUAUUAGAUAGUAAGUAAGCUUAUUGGCUAAUUCUAAAUUCUAAAUUCUAAGCUUUUUUCAUUUAAGUAGCUGCCGCAAGUGACUCUAAAUACUCCAGAAAUAGGAUCUCCUUUUCAAGAAAAACACCAACAAAAGUAGAUAUAUGAUUUCUUUCUUGGAAAGCUAAGCUAAGCAAAGCAAAAAAAGAAAAACAAGUGGGAGUGGGAAAGGAUUGAAGAAGAAAAAAGGUUCGGUCUCCAUGCCUGACUCAGAGCCUAUUUUCUUGCUUCUACCAUCUAUUUUAUCUUUGAUUCUGUUCUUCAUUCUCAUCAAGAGAAAGCAAAGAAGGUAUAAUCUUCCACCAGGGAACAUGGGGUGGCCUUUUCUCGGCGAAACAAUCGGUUACUUGAGGCCUUACUCUGCUACUUCAGUAGGUGAAUUCAUGCACCAGCAUAUAUCAAGGUAUGGGAAUAUCUACAAAUCGAAUUUGUUUGGUGAGAAGACAAUAGUGUCUGCAGAUGCUGGGUUGAACAAGUUCAUAUUACAAAACGAAGGGAGAUUAUUCGAGUGCAGUUACCCAAGAAGCAUUGGUGGCAUUCUUGGGAAAUGGUCGAUGCUGGUUUUGGUUGGGGAUAUGCAUAGAGACAUGAGGAUCAUAUCACUCAACUUCUUGAGCAACGCCAGGCUGAGGACUCAUCUUUUGAGAGAAGUGGAGAAACAUACUUUGCUUGUUCUAAAUACUUGGAAAGAGAAGUGCAUAUUUUCAGCUCAGGAUGAAGCAAAAAAGUUCACUUUCAAUUUGAUGGCAAAAAAUAUCAUGAGCAUGGACCCUGGACAUCCAGAGACGGAGCAGCUAAAGAAAGAAUAUGUUACUUUCAUGAAAGGAGUCGUUUCUGCUCCUUUAAAUUUACCUGGAACUGCAUACAGAAAAGCCUUACAAUCUCGAUCAACAAUCCUGAAAUUUAUUGAAAAGAAAAUGGAAGUAAGGAUAAGGAAAAUGAAGGAAGGAAAAGAAAACUCAGAGGAAGAUGAUCUUCUUGAAUGGGUCUUAAAGCAUUCUAAUCUUUCCACAGAGCAAAUCCUUGACUUGAUUUUGAGCUUGCUUUUUGCUGGACAUGAGACUUCCUCGGUAGCCAUAACCUUAGCCAUCUACUUCUUGCCAGGUUGUCCUUUGGCCAUUCAACAGUUGAGAGAAGAACACCUUGAAGUUGCCAGAGCCAAGAACCAAUCAGGAGAGACUGAACUCAACUGGGAUGAUUACAAGAAAAUGGAGUUCACUCAAUGUGUUAUUAACGAGACACUAAGGCUUGGUAAUGUCGUCAGAUUUCUCCACAGAAAAGCUCUCAAAGAUAUUAGAUAUAAAGGUUAUGAUAUUCCAUGUGGGUGGAAAGUGCUUCCAGUGAUUGCAGCAGUGCACUUGGAUCCCUGUCUUUUUGACCACCCUCAACUCUUCAAUCCAUGGCGAUGGCAGCAAAAUAAUGGGAGUCGAGGGGCGGGGACGGCAACGUCAUCAGCGAGCAGCAGCAAUUACUUCAUGCCAUUCGGGGGAGGACCACGGCUAUGUGCAGGAACAGAGCUGGCUAAACUGGAAAUGGCGGUGUUCAUCCACCAUUUGGUCCUCAACUACCAGUGGGAGUUAGCCGAUACGGAUGAAGCCUUUGCCUUCCCUUUUGUCGACUUCCCUAAAGGCCUACCCAUCAGAGUCUUCAAAUCUUAAAACAGACAUCUCAGGCAGGCAGGCAGGCAGGCUCGCUCAGCCGCUCGUGUUGCUGCAUAUAUAUAUAUAUAUAUAUAUAUAGUAGAUAUAUAGGCAUUAAUUUAAAAGUGGACCCCCAAGCUACCUACUAUCACCAUUCUUCUGCAGUACUGUACGUACGUGAAGACAAAGACGAUAGUGGCUUUCGUAUUUUUCAACGUUCUAGUUGUUCCACAUUUAUAUAUAUAGUAUAAUUACAUGAAGAAAAA